AUGGCAUCCAAUCUCAGGCUGCAUCGAGUGACCACUCUCGAAGAGUUGGAACCGCUAUAUCACAUCGGAGCAGACGCCUUCGGAGAUGACCCAUGUAUGAACUGGUUCUACCCCGGAGGUCGCGACCAUCCCGAGGAUUUUGUUGUGCUAUGGAAGCACAUUCUGCAGAUGGAGUUCUUCGACAAGGGGAAGUUUAUUCUUGCGGCCACGAUCCAAGAUCACGACGAUGACACACGUCCGGGCAGAGUAGUAGGAUUUGCGGUAUGGGAACGAAAUGGGGUUUGCGAUGCGGCCAGAAGCUGGCAGGGAACUAGUCUGUCUAAAAAGCUGAAACGACUAAAUCUCAACCUAAAGAUCGCUUAUACGUUUCAUCUGGACACACCGAAACGAUCCAUAUCCUGGCCAAAGCUGAACCACUAUCAAAACGAGCUCAAGUCAGCUAAAGCUAGUCAACCGACCGAGUCGUGGUACCUAAGCAUCUUGGCCGUCAGCUCAAAGGGCCAGGGCCAAGGCGUCGGAAGGAAGUUACUUCAAUGGGGAAUUGAUCGGUCGGAGGAAGAGCGUAUUCCAACUACUUUGGUAGCAACUAACGCAGGCCUUCAUUUGUAUGAAAGUACGGGGUUUGAACGCACCGGUUGGUUGUUUUUUGAUGAUGAGCGGCAGAAACAAACCAUCAUGCGGAGAGAUACAAGGUUGACUUGA